UGCAAACAAGAAGCCAGCAGUACUCUAGCUGGUCUGUGCAAAGCUGCUGAGGAAUCAGGACAAUUGGUCUAUGAUAAUGCACCAGGUUCUGAAAAAUAUUUUUUACAUUCUCGUGUUGGUGGAACUACAAUUCCAAACAAGCCUUUCUACAAUGURCAGUCUGCUGAUGAUCACACCCUGGUAUUUGAAUCACGGUUUGAAAGUGGAAACCUGAAAAGAGCCAUAAAAGUGGGUCCAUAUGAAUAUCAAUUAUGGAUGAGAACAGACAUGUACACUGUCAAACACACUCAAUGGUUCUUCUUUAGAGUCAGGAACACCAAGGCUGCCAUAACAUACCGUUUUCACAUCAUGAACUUUAUCAAGUCUAACAGUCUUUACAAUGAUGGUAUGCAACCUUUAAUGUACUCUGAAAUGGAUGCCUAUAAAAACAAGACAGGUUGGGUGAGGACUGGUAUUAAUAUCAAGUACUACAAAAAUGAGAUCAGACGUGAGGAUACAACUAAAGAUCGUUAUCAUUAUACUUUGACAUGGAGCUGUCAGUUCCAGUACAAUAGAGAUACAUGCUACUUUGCUCAUUGCUACCCCUAUACAUACUCUGAUCUGCAGGAGUACUUGGCUGUGAUAAGAAAUGAUCCCAUCAAGACCAGACUGUGCAAACAACGUGUUCUUUGUCGAACUCUUUGUGGUAAUUUUGUUCAUAUUUUGACCAUCACCAAUCCAUCUAGAAGGCCGGCUGAUGCUGAGGCAAAGCGUGCAGUGGUUAUUACAGCUAGAGUUCAUCCUGGAGAGACAAAUUCCAGCUGGAUGAUGAAAGGACUGUUAGAUUUCUUGACAAGCAACAAUCCUGAUGCUAAGCUUCUACGUGAUACAUUUGUGUUCAAGAUAGUUCCAAUGAUCAACCCAGAUGGAGUCAUUGUUGGUAAUUACCGUUGCUCACUAACUGGACGUGACUUGAACAGGAACUAUAAAACAUCUUUAAAGGACUCCUUUCCUCCAAUAUGGCACAUCAAGAACAUGGUAAAAAAGUUGAUUGAUUUGGUGUUUUGGGUUGAUAAUGAUGAUGAUAGGUUGAUUGAUUUGGUGUUUUGGGUUGAUAAUGAUGAUGAUAGGUUGAUUGAUUUGGUGUUUUGGGUUGAUAAUGAUGAUGAUAGGUUGAUUGAUUUGGUGUUUUGGGUUGAUAAUGAUGAUGAUAGGUUUAUUGAUUUGGUGUUUUGGGUUGAUAAUGAUGAUGAUAGGUUUAUUGAUUUGGUGUUUUGGGUUGAUAAUGAUGAUGAUAGGUUUAUUGAUUUGGUGUUUUGGGUUGAUAAUGAUGAUGAUAGGUUUAUUGAUUUGGUGUUUUGGGUUGAUAAUGAUGAUGAUAGGUUUAUUGAUUUGGUGUUUUGGGUUGAUAAUGAUGAUGAUAGGUUUAUUGAUUUGGUGUUUUGGGUUGAUAAUGAUGAUGAUAGGUUUAUUGAUUUGUUGUUUUGGGUUGAAAGGUUGUUUUGUUACUAG